GAGGAGAGGAGAGGAGAGGAGAGAGCCGCUUUUUAUAUCUCUCUCUCUCGAUCUCUUUCUUGCAUAUCGCGUCAACACCUGAUCCUUCUCGAACUGAGUUUUCUCUCGCCUUCCAGAUCGUUCUUGAGACCUAAUCCUCCACCUUGCCGAAAUCUCGCCUUCUUCAAAACCGCCUGAAUCUUAUCAGUUUCCGUCAAGUCUCCUCAUCAUCUCAAAAAUCAGGUGUGAUUGAUUGCCUUUCUUAGAAAACAGAGUUCUAUCAAGGCCAAGAAAGGUACAAGACGAGAUCACCAUACUGAAGUUAAUCUUCUAUUCAGUUGGUUCACUAAAAGAGUGUUGGAAAUACAAAGCUGUUAAUCAACAUGUACUCUUGAUUUUUAUUAACAGCUCUUGUGUUUUUAAAGUGAGCAUCUUGAUACUGAGCUGUGGGAGAGAUGGCAGAGGAGGGUCAUAGGGUUACUUUGAAUGUAUAUGACCUAAGCCAAGGCCUGGCCAAGCAGAUGUCUAUGGCAUUCAUAGGGAAAGCCAUUGAGGGUAUAUGGCAUACAGGAGUAUCAGUUUAUGGCAACGAGUACUAUUUUGGGGGAGGCAUACAACAAGCUCCUGCGGGAUCGACACCGUAUGGGACACCACUUCGAGUGGUAGAGUUAGGUGAAACACAUAUACCCAAGGACGUUUUUGAGUCGUAUUUACAGGAGAUCAGUCCCCGAUAUACUGCUGAGACAUAUAGUCUGCUGACUCACAAUUGCAACAACUUUAGCAACGAGGUUGCUCAGUUUCUUGUAGGUGCAACAAUACCAGACUAUAUUCUGCAGCUUCCUACUGAAGUUAUGAGCAGUCCAAUGGGAGCUCUUAUAUUGCCUAUGAUUCAAAAUUUGGAAGCGACUUUGAGAAGUGGUGCUGCUCCUCAAGCUCCACAAUUCAGGCCUCCUUCAGUAGUCCAGCCAACAGCUAAUGUCACAAAACCUAAUUCUAGCAAUGUGACAGCUGAUGGAUCGAAGUCUGGAACGCAGCUCACCAAGCCGGAGGAGAAUAAAAAGUCAGCAAGCGCUGUCAAACCAAGCAAUGGGAUUGCAGAUCCUCUUGGGGACGCUCGAAGUAAGGUACAAGAGGAGAUUGCGGCUGAAUUUGCUGCGCUCAUGGCAAGUGGGACAUUGCGUGCAAGUGAGGCUGCAGCAUUGGCCACAAGAAAAGUGAUGGAGAGAUACGGUCAUGUAAACACACAAAUGUCACAGAGUUGAAAGUGGUAGUGAUGGUGUUUUCAUCUUUCAGACUUGUUGGUUGACUUCGCCCUGUUUGAGGGAUGAUGUGAUCUCUUUUGCUUGUGAUCUGGUACUACUAUAGUAUUGAUUCUUUCUCCUUCCAGACAUGAAGGUGUUUAGAGGCCUAAGAUUUGUGCGGAUCCUAAGGAAAACAUCUGCUCGUCUUGCAGAAUUGAUUAAUAAUUGUUUUUAAUUUUUUUUUUUUAUUAUCAAGCGUUUAGAUAGUAUAUUUGAUUAUGUUGCAAGGAAUGGGAGCAGAAUGGUUAACUACUCG